AUGAAAGAGGUCAAAAAGGUUUAUGAAUUUUGUUUGUUGCUCACCAAUCUAGGAAGAUGUUUGCUCUAUGUUCCGCUAUCGUUUUCUGAUGAUGAUUAUGGAAGCAAGUGUCCGAUACAUGUAGAUAAGAUGUGCACCUUGAUAUGCUCCUUGAAUCAAUUGGGAAAAAACGCAACAUCAUCAACGAUGAAUGUGCAAAAUUACAAAGUUGUAGUUGAACGAUUGGAUGAUGUGCUAUUUGCGGUGUUUUUGAAUCCAAAUUACGGAACAAAAAUUAAUCGUUUAAAAAUGAAAAGAAUUAUUGACGAAUUUGUGUUUGUGUUUGGAAAACCAAUAGCUGACAUUAAGAGUUUUGAAAGCCAGCUAAUGGAACAAAAUGCACGAAAUUUUGUUUUUAAAAUUAAGGAAAAAGACAAGGAGGAGGCCACACCAGUAAAUAGAUAUCCAGUGUUCAGUCGAUUCAGUGACAUUGUUAAAUCAAAACUAAUAGAGAUAGAACUGUUUGAAAAGGCGCUCUGUGAUCAAAUGUUCAAACAAUUCAACUCACUUCUGAGGUUUUUGCUAGUAGAUACCUCUUUUUCUCCAUUACUAGACCUUUCUCGAGAGAAGAAGAGCACGAAGGUCGUUAAAACAAUUACGGAAUGGAAGCAUGUUCAACAACUAUGUUCGCGAAGUCUUACACUUGUCAUAGAUUCUCCUGAUGAAUUACCUUGCUCCUAUCUCAUGGUUGACAAGGCAUUAGUGAUUGACAUUGAGGAGAGAGGAAAUGAUUUUUUGUUUUACAUCUUUUUCAUUGAAAUAGUGAACCCAAGUCAUCUUCAUUUGCAAUACAAUGAUGACGGCACAUGCACCAUAACGAAUCUAAUGUCAAUAGCACCUCAAAUGAUUGCUGCAAUUUCUUCUUUUAUGCAACAAGUAAGAAAUAGGAAUGAAAUAAGCCAUGAACGGAAAGAACAAAUAGAAAAAGAAUGGGUUUCAACCUCACUGACGUUUGUUUCAAAAAAUGGAAGAACUUUUUUCAAAAGCAAGAACAUUUCCACACUAAUAACCCCAGCAGACGACGACUUUACGAAAUACACACCACGACCACCUCCGCCCUUAAUAGAAGCCAUCUCCAAACAUCAACAGCAACCUCCUUCUCAAAUUACACCUAACGACCGGUUUGUUCGGAAUUACAAAAUACGAGAACAGCAACAAUGA